GGUUUCCAAUGUAUUGGGUUUCUUACGAAUGGUGAAUAUUUUUAACCAUUGAGCGUGUUAUUAUAUUAUUCAUUCUCGGUAUUACAACCAGAGAUGUCUAGCACUAAUAUUUAGCUUAUUUUGAUGACGUGCCUCUACAGCAAAUGGAGGUGGACACUUUCUUGCGUGACGAAGAUCACCAAUCAUUCCAAGGUCCCAUAACACAUUCACAAAAUAAAAGAAAAAAUGAAACUCAAGAUAAGAUCGCAGAUGAUAAAUCAGCUGAUCAAAUCGCAAAGGCUGAAAAGGAACAAGCCGAGAACAUAGCUUCGAUACUGAUGAGGAAUUACGACCUGAAGCUGUCAGGCGAGGACGACACCUCGCAGCCGACAUCGCGGGCCGCGCCCGUCAUCCCGGUGGAGACCACACGCAAGAAGAAGAAGAGAAAGAGAUCUCAAAUAUCGAUAUGCCUGACAAACUGCCGCUACGAGUCCAUACGGAAGGUGGCGAGUGCGUUCGGCAUGCGCGAGGUGUGCGAGGAAGACGCGUGGAACUUCUACUGGACUGACAUGAGCGUCUCAGUCGAGAGGGCCAAGGAGAUGAAGAGGUUCCAGAGGAUCAACCAUUUCCCUGGCAUGCUCGAGAUCUGCCGGAAAGACUUACUAGCUCGUAAUUUAAAUAGAAUGCAAAAGAUUUAUCCAAAAGAAUACAACUUUUUUCCGAAAACGUGGUGUCUUCCAGCAGAUUUUGGAGAAGCUUUGAAUUACAGCAAGUCGCGCAAAAACAAAACAUUUAUAAUCAAACCUGAAUGUGGAAGUCAAGGGCGCGGCAUUUACCUAACGAAGUCGCUGAAAGAUAUCAAGCCCACGGAUAAACUUAUUUGUCAGGUGUAUUUAUCAAAGCCCUACUUAGUAGAUGGCUACAAGUUUGACAUCAGAGUCUACACGCUAAUAACAUCAUGCGAUCCUCUUCGAAUUUUUGUCUACAACGAGGGACUGGUCAGAUUUGCGACAAGCCGCUACGCUGACCCUAACGUGAACAACACGACCAACGUGUUCAUGCAUUUGACAAACUACGCACUCAACAAACAUAGUCGCACUUAUGUCUACGACUCUGAGGCGGGAAGCAAACGCAAGAUAUCGACGCUGAACAAGAUCCUGUUGUCGCAAGGCGUCGACCUGGACCGGCUGUGGCACGCCAUUGACCAGGUCAUCGUGAAGACCAUCAUAUCUGCGUGGCCGAUACUCAAGCACAGCUACCACGCGUGUUUCCCGUCGCAUGACAUGGUACAUGCGUGCUUUGAAAUCCUCGGAUUUGAUAUACUCCUGGAUCAUAAGCUUCAUCCCUUUAUUUUGGAAGUGAACCACUCGCCAAGCUUCCACACGGACACCCAGUUAGACCGCGAGGUGAAGGAAGGGUUACUCACAGACACCUUCACGAUGUUGAACAUCUGGCAGUGCGACAAGAAGCGGGUGCUGGACGAGGACCGGAAGAGGAUACGGGACAGGCUGUUGCAAACUAACAAAUUCGCCGAGUUUACUCCAACGGAAGAAAAAGAACCAGAAAAAAGUCCUUGGCAAAUGCAAAUUCAGUGGGAGGAAACUCACCUAGGCAACUUUAGGCGCGUGUACCCGGUGGGCGAGCAGUACGCGUCGCUGUUCCAGCAGCCGUCAGGCUCCCUUUACACCGGCACAGCUUCGUCCCGGGCGCGUGGUGACUGCACGCGGUUGCAACGGGAAGAAUUCCAGCAAACGAAAGCUAAGGCAGAAGCUUUAAAGAAGCCAUCGCAACCCAAGGCCAAGGAAGGCGAAAAGAAAGUAGGCGAAGAAACUAGCAGUGUCGCUCCAUCCACUGGCACUGCCGCCGCUACGAUUACCACUACUAAUACUAAUGUGACGGAUAAAGCUAAAGCAAAGAAAAUAGAUAAAGAUCAAAAGAAGAGGGAAAAAGACGAGAAGGCAAAGCUUAUGCCUAAACCUUCACUCGUGACACAAGUAAUGCCAGAAAAAGAAAUGAAGCCAACAUACGUGCUUUGCUCGUUUGAGCCGGACCCUAUCGUGGAGAAGGAGGAACGCGAGCGAGUGAACUUGCUUGCUCAGCGGGACUUCUUGAUUAGGAGCUAUGGCAUGCUGGAACAGAUAUAUCUAGUCAUGAAAAAGAUGGGAACCUUGAGACCAGAAGAUGAGCGCAAAUACGGAGUUUAUGGACGCUUAUCUGUUGUUUCUAACUCACCCAAGACUGCCGUGAAAAAGAGUAAAACAUGUGUCAAGCACAAACCAGAACAUUUUGGCGACCACUCCGAUGAGCUGCGCGUGCAGUGCCGGGACGCCGUGAUGUACUCGCGGCCGGCGGCGCGGCGGGCGGGCGCGCGCGACGCCAGGGCGCCGCUCGUGCGCACGGCCUACACCGUAUGGAAAAUGAACUCGCUAGCCAUAUCAGUGCCUCCUCCUACGAAGUAAGAAAACGUUUAGAUUGUACUCCGCGACUGCAGUGCCGUCCUGUGUUCACGAGACAUACAAGCUGUGUCAUUGAUAUACGACUAUAAACAGAGCUUGUUGCUCUUUGCCUACAAUUUACUGCCAAUAUAAUGUUAAGCAUGGAAGCUAUACUUCUUGAUGUUGCUUCCUAAUAAUUGCUAUUGGCUUAGUUAUAUAGUAUACUUUGUUAGCUAUAUCUUGCUUCUUUACUUAAAAUCUUCAUGAGUGUUUAGUGCAUAUUUCCCAUAAAUUAUUCCCUGUACUUAAAUA